AUGUCGAUCCGCAAGGAGGUCGAGAAGAUGAGCAAGCGCCCCGAGAACAUGCACUGCGCCGACUGCCGCGCGCCCAAGCCCAACUGGGCGUCGUGCUCCCUGGGGACCUUCAUCUGCUUCAACUGCAGCGGGCUCCACCGGGGCCUGGGCACGCACCUGAGCUUCGUGCGGUCCGUGACGCUG